AUGUUUCUGCGCGCGCUGCUUUCGCGAGCCGUGUCGCUGCUGCUCCCACUCUCCCUGACAGCCACGGUCUACCUCUACCUCUACCCACUGUUCAAGGGCUGCGCAUUCCCUCUACCGCAAGCACACACCUCACAACCAAACAGUCUCCUCCAAAGACUCCAGCAGCAUCCAGUGGUUCGCACGCUGCUCUACGAUUUCCGCGGCCCAGACGCAACAGCAGACCCCAACACGCAGCCCGCCAUCUUCAGACUCCUCGUCCUCGCAGAUCCCCAGUUGGAAGGAGACACCUCUCUCCCUCUCCCGGAAUACGAGCUCGUGCCUUGCAUACGCUCGCACUGGCACAGCAUCCACGGUGCCAUUGGCAAUGCGUCCACCACAACGCCGCUUCCACUUUCACUCCUGACCCACGAUGUCCGCUCCAAUAUCACAACCGCCCUCACGGAACUCGUCACGAAGGACGUUCCACGCGCACUACGCUCCCUCCUGAAAAGAAUCGACCUCGUCGGAAACGACUACUACCUCGCGCACAUCUACCGCACCCUCUUCUGGUGGACCCGGCCGACGCACACCACCGUGCUGGGUGAUCUGGUUGGGAGCCAGUGGGUGACGGAUGAGGAGUAUGCAGAGCGCGGCCAGCGGUAUUGGAAACGCGUGUUUCGGGGCGGAGAGCGCGUGGACGAUGAGAUCACCAAGACGGGCGCUGCUGGUUAUAGCAACGACGCGGAGGUUCUGGAGCCUCUAGCCGGUCCAGAUGCAGACCCGGCAUGGGCGAGACGCAUUAUCAACAUCGCUGGAAAUCACGAUAUCGGCGAGGCGCGGAUGGAGCGGUUCGAGCGCGUGUUCGGGCGUGCGAACUGGGAUAUCCGGUUUCAGCAUCCACCUGUGCAAGUGCAAGUCAAUUCUUCUUAUGCGGAAAUUCUCAAUCCGACGCUGCAUCUGGUUAACCUGAACUCGCUCAUCCUCGACACCCCGGCUUUAUCGCAGGAUCUCCAGACACAGACAUACGCCUACCUCAACGAUGUUCUCAGUCAUCGCAGCUACCCUGUCGAUGAUCCUACAUUUACACUGCUCCUGACGCAUGUGCCGCUGCAUAAGAAGGCUGGGAUUUGCACUGACGAACCGUGGUUCGAUUUUCAUUCUGCCGAUGAUGAUGAUGGGCCAGAUGAUGCUCCGCGGUGGAAGGAGAGUGGUCUGAAAGAACAAAAUCACCUCAGUGAUCAUGCCAGCGCAGUGGGUAUCCUGCAGGGAAUUUUCGGUAUGAGCGGCGACGACGGUGCGGUCCAUGGUGGACGAGGCCGGAAAGGGCUCAUCCUGACUGGGCACGACCAUACGGGCUGUGAUGUCGUUCACUAUGUGGACCGGUCACCCAAGGAGGAGGGUGAAGAUGAAGCAGGUACCUCCGAAGAGAAAAAAGAAGAGGCAGACGCAAGUUGGAGAUGGUCUGCAAAACGCUACUCCGCCCAGUCCCCAUCGUCUUCUCAAAUAUCCGAAGAAACGCCCUCCAUCCGUGAGGUGACCCUGCGGUCAAUGAUGGGCGAAUUCGGCGGCAACGCAGGUCUGCUAUCAGUCUGGUUUGAUUCCUCUCCCGACGUCCGCGAAUGGAAGUACGCAAUCACAAUGUGUCCCGCUGGCGUGCAGCACAUCUGGUGGGCGGUCCAUAUACUCUUGCUCGUGACGGUGGUGGUGGUUUUGCUAGAUGUUAUUGUUGAUCGUUUCACGCCGCCGGGCCCAAUAGCGGCUUGGCGGCUUGCUCCGAGGACUCAUGAGCCGAAUGUGGAGGCGCAUGGGCGGAGACCUAAGGCCCAGCGGCUUUCCUCGAAGAACACUCGGCCUCCAAAAGAGGUUCGAGAUCAGAAGAAAUGA